CAGGUUCACAUUACACGACGCAUUACAUGUGAUGGCAGCAUUAUGAGAUCCUACAGUGUAUGAGAAUGUGAGUACGAAGAUCCAAAUCUAAUAUCUCACACACACUUUUCGUCAAACACUUAACAUACACACUUCAAAACCCCAACUUCCGAUCUCAAAACAUGGCUCUAUCUUCAAAACGGAGCAGCACCAACUUCAUUACCGCCAUAAUCAACCCUCGCCAAUGGCGCCUUCUCGACCUCAUAACCUUGUUCUUCUUCUUCCUUGUCGCCAUAUUCUUCCUCAUGGCUUUCACACAUUUCGGCGACUCCCUCGCCGCAUCGGGCCGCAACACCCUCCUCCGCUCCUCCGACCCGCGACACCGCCUCCGCCUCGUCUCGGCAAUUGAGAACGGGGAGCCACGUGGCGGAGGCGGCUUCCUUGACGCGUGCUCGGCGGAGGAGGUAGACCACAUGCCCUGCGAGGAUCCGAGAGUGAACAGGUUGCUGAGUAGGGAGAUGAACUUCUACAGAGAGCGACACUGCCCUCGCCAUAUUGAUACUCCUCUCUGCUUGAUUCCGCCGCCCAAGGGGUACCGGAUCCCGGUUCACUGGCCGGAGAGCUUGCAUAAGAUAUGGCACGAUAACAUGCCACACAACAAAAUUGCUGACAGGAAAGGUCACCAGGGAUGGAUGAAGCGUGAAGGUCAACACUUUGUAUUCCCUGGUGGUGGUACAAUGUUUCCAGAUGGAGCAGAGCAGUAUAUUGAAAAGCUUGCUCAAUACAUUCCGAUACGUGAUGGUGUUAUGAGGACUGCUCUUGAUAUGGGGUGCGGGGUUGCUAGUUUUGGAGGAUAUUUACUAGCUCAAAAUAUGUUAGCCAUGUCUUUUGCUCCAAGAGAUUCACAUAAAUCACAGAUACAAUUUGCUCUGGAGAGAGGAAUACCAGCCUUCGUAGCCAUGCUUGGCACUCGUCGACUGCCAUUCCCUGCAUUUGGAUUUGACUUAGUUCAUUGUUCUCGCUGUUUGAUCCCUUUUACAGCCUACAAUGCAACCUAUUUUAUUGAAGUGGAUAGAUUACUUCGUCCUGGUGGAUAUUUGGUCAUUUCUGGCCCCCCUGUUCAGUGGGCUAAACAAGAUAAAGAAUGGUCUGAUCUCCAGGCUGUAGCAAGAGCAUUGUGCUAUGAACUGAUAGUUGUAGAUGGUAACACUGCGAUCUGGAAGAAGCCUGCAGGAAAAAUGUGUCACCCCCACCAAAAUGAUUUUGGUCUUGCAUUAUGUGAUGAUUCAGAUGAUGCAAGUCAAGCUUGGUACUUCAAAUUGAAGAGGUGUGUCACAAGGACAUCUUCUGUCAAAGGAGAAUAUGCUAUUGGACAGAUUCCCAAGUGGCCAGAGAGGCUUAACUCUCUACCUCCAAGGUCCACAGUAAUGAAAAAUGAGGCUCAUUUGUACGAGGCUGACAAUAAAAGGUGGAUAAGGAGAGUUAUGCACUAUAAAAAAUCUCUACACAUAAAGUUGGGGACUCCAGCUGUGCGCAAUGUUAUGGACAUGAAUGCUCUAUUUGGAGGUUUUGCAGCAGCAUUGAUAUCUGAUCCCGUGUGGGUAAUGAAUGUAGUUCCUGCUGAUAAGCCGUCAACUCUUGAUGUGAUCUAUGACAGAGGCCUUAUUGGACUAUAUCAUGAUUGGUGUGAACCUUUUUCAACGUAUCCUCGUACUUAUGAUCUUCUCCAUGCUACCAACAUUGGCUCGCUUAUAAAAGAUCCAACUUCUGGCGAAAGCAGAUGUAGUCUUGUUGAUUUGAUGGUCGAAAUGGACCGAAUUUUGCGGCCGGAGGGAACUGUUGUGGUGAGGGAUACCCCUGAAGUAAUAGAGAAAGUUGCUCGUGUUUCCGAGGCAGUGAGGUGGAAGGCUACCAUAUACGAUAAAGAGCCCGAAUCACAUGCUCAAGAAAAGAUUCUAGUUGCAACAAAGACCUUCUGGAAACAAUAAUUGUCAUUACCACUAACACAGCUAUGUAAUUUAGGUAAAGUUCCCUUCUCUCUGUUCUGCUCUGUUGGCAUUGAGUGGCGGGGAUGUCCAAUAUAUCUUCUCUGUGCGUCAAAAGGGGGCAGUUUUUCCUUCCUACCUGUUCAAUAUUUUCAUACAAAGAAGAUAGUAAUGAUAGGAUUUGAAUGUUGAUUAAAGAUAUGAACACCGUUGUGCAGUUUUAUGUGAAGAGCACACGCCAAUGUUAUUUGUGUUUCCUCUUGGCUUCAGGGAUGAAAUGUAAUUCGAAGCUGUUAAUCAUUGCUUAUUAUUAAAGAAGA